AUGGAGAUACAAGGGGGGUUUCAGUCCUUCCUAAAAAAUGCUCCUGCUCAUAGUCAAGAUAGUAGAGAUGUUGUUAAGAUCUUAUCCCUGGGGGAUAGUGAAGGGAUGUUGUUACUUGAUGUUUAUCUUGGGGAGAAGUGCAUUACAGCACUAUUCAACACAGGAGCAGAGGUUUCUUUAGUACAUAGUGAUGUGCUAAAAGAGUUAAGUAUGCCCUAUAAGCAGGAUGUGAAGGUUGAGAGUAGUAAUAAAAGAUCUGUCGCUUCCAUGGCAACCGUAGGUCUGAAGGGACGCUGGAGGACCAAGACGGGGAAAACUACAGGGGCCCCUGUGAAGUUUUCCCGCCUGGGAGAGGUGGAUUUAAAUUAUGCUACGGAUGAUUUAGAGAUAAGCUUAAUAGAAGGCAUAGUCACUCCUAUUCCGUCAUCAGAUGGUGCCACGAGGUGGUUUAGGAUACCAUUUAAAAACGACGGGAAGAGAGUUGUAGAAGUUGGGCAGAAUACGAGUGUGGGAGCACUCAUGAAACUAGUAGACAUAUCUCCUGGUGAAGCCAGAAGGCAGGUAGUAGCCAGUGUUAAGAGUAACAGGAAUAAAACUUGUAGAUUAUUAGAAGAAGUAGACAAGAUAUUUGAACGAGGUUCAGAAGAGCACAGGGUGCUGAUAGACUUGGUUUUGGAAUUCCCAAGGGUUUUUAGUCUUGAAGAGGAUCCUUUACCGAUUUCGAAUGAAUACUUUCACGAAAUAAAGGCUCUGGGUCCUCCAGUUUACAAGAAACCCUAUCCCAUCCUGUUGAAAUACAGAGACGAGAUUAAGGCUCAGAUUGACUCUAUGUUGAGGGACGGGAUUAUACAACCCUCACGUUCUCCUUACAAUGCACCAUUGGUACCAGUGCGAAAGAGAGAUGGGGGGUUGCGAUUAUGUCUUCAUUUCAGAGCACUUAAUGAAUGUAUUGAGGAUGACCGAUACCCACUGCCAAACAUAGAUUCUAUACUGCAAAGGCUAGGCAAGAGUCGUUUCUUCUCGUGUUUGGACCUCAGGCAGGGUUAUCACCAGAUACCCCUGACCCCCGCUAGUCGAGAGAAAACGGCUUUUUCCACAAUGGAGGCCACUACGAAUUUAUGA